AUGUCUGGAGAUUGGGAACACGGUUUAUGCUCAUGUUGUGAAGAUACUCACGUCUGCUGUAUCUCAUACUUAUGGCCAAAUUUGCAAUUGAUGCAACAAAGAGCCACCAUCGAGGGUCGUCAAUGUGAAUUCAUCGAUUGUCUCUGUGCCACUUUCUGUUUCCCAUGCGCUGCAUGCCACGUUAGACAUCAAAUCACUGAGAAGCACGGUAUUGAUGAAAACAUCAUCAUGAACAUCCUCUCUGUCUGCUGUUGCACUCUCUGUGCCAUCACCCAACACACCCGUCAACUCCAAGCUAAGGGUGAGAAGCCAUCUGCUGAAACUUCAGAACCUCUAUGCACUUGCGGAAUAUUUGUUACAAUUCCAUCGAAUUUGAUAGAAUAUCAGGUUCAAGUUAUCGAUUCAUCAGUAAAAAAGCUAAGUGUAGCACCAACUCAAACCCCAACACCAGUGAAUCAAUCAUAUCGACUUUUACCUCCUUCAUUGUUAUUUAAAGUAGCAAAUAUAUUGGAGUAUGGAUCUUUGAAAAUGAUUUAUUUAAAUUUAUUUUCUUAA